AUGGGUAUUGGAGCCUUGUGCGUCGCCGUUUUGGUUGACAGGCGUCUGCUCAAGUACGAAGAUCUGGUCACGAAGUAUUGGCCGCAGUUUGGACAACAUGGCAAAGAUAACGUGACCGUCAGCAUGCUUGUCUCUCACCAGGCUGGUGUUCCGAACAUAUUUGGCUACGAUGUGGACGAGAACACGAUCAGAGAUCGAAAUAAGAUGGGUGAGAUACUGGCCGAUCAGAAGCCCAUGUGGCCACCAGGGACAGCUCAUGGUUAUCAUGCCAUAACACAGGGAUUCCUCGUAGACCAGCUGCUGCUGCGGGUCGACCCCCGGGGAAGACGGUCAUAG